CUCGGAGUGAGAUCUCGCGAAGAGAGAGAGAGAGUGAGAGAGAGAGAGAGAGAUUUUGAGAUCUCGAGAUCUCGAGCAAUGGCGAGGAAGAAGAUCCGGGAGUACGAUUCGAAGCGGCUCUUGAAGGAGCAUCUGAAGCGGAUCGCCGGGAUCGACCUACAAAUCACCUCGGCUCAGGUGACGCAAUCAACGGAUGUGAACGAGUUGUUGAACAAGGAGCCAUGGCUGUCGUCUACGAAGCUGGUGGUGAAGCCGGACAUGCUGUUCGGAAAGAGAGGAAAGAGUGGGUUGGUGGCACUCAAUUUAGAUUUCGCCCAAGUGUCUCAGUUCGUCAAGGAACGACUUGGAGUUGAGGUUGAGAUGGGUGGAUGUAAGGCUCCAAUUACCACGUUUAUUGUUGAACCUUUUGUUCCCCAUGAGCAAGAAUACUACCUUUCAAUCGUGUCGGAGAGGCUUGGAUGCACUAUUAGUUUCUCAGAGUGUGGAGGGAUUGAGAUUGAAGAGAACUGGGACAAGGUUAAGACGAUUUUCCUUCCCAGCGAGAAGACCAUGACGUCUGAGGCUUGUGCUCCAUUGAUCGCAACCCUUCCACUAGAGGUGCGUGAUAAGAUUGGGGACUUCAUUAAAGGGGUCUUUGCUGUUUUCCAGGAUUUGGACUUUACUUUCCUUGAAAUGAACCCAUUUACGUUGGUUAAUGGCAAGCCAUACCCACUGGAUAUGCGGGGAGAAUUGGAUGACACAGCUGCUUUCAAGAACUUCAAGAAGUGGGGGGACAUAGAGUUUCCACUGCCUUUUGGCAGAGUCCUGAGCUCCACUGAAAGCUUCAUCCAUGAACUCGAUGAGAAGACGAGCGCAUCUCUGAAGUUCACUGUUUUGAAUCCCAAAGGGCGCAUAUGGACCAUGGUAGCCGGUGGCGGUGCCAGUGUCAUAUAUGCUGAUACAGUUGGCGAUCUGGGUUAUGCAUCAGAAUUAGGAAACUAUGCAGAAUACAGUGGUGCUCCAAAUGAGGAAGAGGUCCUGCAUUAUGCUAGAGUCGUUCUCGAUUAUGCAACAGCAGACCCGGACGGUCGUAAGAGAGCCCUGCUAAUUGGGGGAGGUAUAGCGAACUUCACCGACGUCGCUGCUACUUUUAAUGGCAUUAUUCGUGCCCUAAGAGAGAAGGAAACAAAGCUGAAGGCUGCAAGGAUGCACAUAUAUGUUCGAAGGGGCGGUCCAAACUAUCAGACUGGGCUUGCAAAAAUGCGCACUCUAGGUGUGGAACUAGGAAUUCCUCUCGAGGUGUACGGUCCGGAGGCUACGAUGACUGGAAUUUGCAAGCAAGCCAUUGAUUGCAUCAUGUCUGCAGCAUAGUUUAUCUUCAAGUUUUUGGCUCUAAAUUUUUAUUAUCCUCAUUUCUGUAUUUCAAAGUGAGAGAGUUUCAUUUAUAGUUUGCAUGAGAGAGAGAGAGAGAGAGAGAGAGAGAGAGAGAGAGAGAUUGAGCCACAAAUAUAUUUAUGGUAAUUGUGUUUUAUUUUUCUAUCUAUAUUCUGCCACCUUAGUUAAUGCUGCUAAAAGUGCUAAUAAAAUCGUUAUUUCUGACCUUUUUGCUCU